GGCGGUGAGAACCGACGAACCUACACCCCUAUUUCGAGAUACAUAUAUGGGACUACUUGUCGCAUCCUUCUUCCUCGGCCGCCAGAUGACCGAUAUCUAGGCAACGCGCGAGCAUGGGGCUUUUAGGCGGCCUCUCCCCAGGGGGGACAAUCACCAUUGGCAUUUUCGUUGGCCUUCUAUCUACCGGCGUCCAGAGCCUAGGUCUCACCCUCCAGCGCAAGUCGCACAUACUCGAAGAUGAGAAAGCACCCCAUGAAGUACACCGACCGCCUUAUCGGAGGGCGAGAUGGCAACUAGGAAUGGGCAUGUUCAUUGCUGCAAACAUCCUUGGGAGCACAGUCCAGAUUUCGACUCUGCCACUACCAGUUCUUUCAACGUUGCAAGCUUCGGGCUUGGUCUUCAACUCCAUUUGCGCGACCCUCGUCCUAGCCGAGCCGUUUACAAGAUGGUCCCUUUGCGGAACUGGUCUCGUCUGCACCGGCGCAGUGCUCAUUGCCGUCUUCGGUGCUAUCCCGACACCUGCGCAUGAUCUAAGGGAACUCCUCGAACUCCUCAGUCGGCGACCAUUCGUGGUCUGGAUGAUCCUCCAAGGCCUUUUCGUUGUCGCCGUAGCCGUCGUCACGGACAGCCUCAAAGUCUUGCCGAAGUUAAAGCAAAAUCCCACGUUCCGAUUCGCCCGAGGCCUCGCGUACGGUUGCAUCAGUGGCACUCUGUCGGCGCACACAUUGUUAGUUGCCAAGUCGGCGGUCGAGCUCAUCAUCAAGACCUUCUCUGGCUCGACGAACCAGUUUGUGCACUGGCAAGCCUGGGUCCUAGUACUGACGUUGAUUACGCUCGCUCUAACACAACUCUACUACCUUCAUCGUGGAUUGAAGCUCGUCUCGACUUCCGUUCUAUACCCCUUAGUCUUCUGCGUAUACAACAUCAUUGCCAUUCUAGACGGUUUGAUUUACUUCAACCAGACCAGCCUCCUAGGCGCACUGAGGGGCGGUCUGAUAGCUUUGGGCACUGUGAUACUGCUCUCCGGAGUUUUGGCUCUAUCCUGGCGUCUCAGUGACGAGCAGCACACUCCCGGUGUAGGACAAUCAUCCCUGGCGCCAGGUCUGGGUCUGGUCGAGGACACCGAGGGAGAGGAAGAAUCCCUACUCGAGUCAGACUCCCUCGAGGAGGGCAACGCCCUGGUCGGGAGCUACUCUACUUUCAAGCCAGCAGAAAAUGGCGAGGGCACGCCAUUGACGCCGACAAUGAAACCUAAUGGCAUUUUCCGCUGGCAGGAGCGUGCCCAGAUCUGGGACGAACUCCAAGAUCAGGACGCUCCAAGUUCCCCUUUCGCCCGGCAUCGCUCCAGCACCUUGCCGGCUAGUGAAAUCACGACACUGCUCCCAACACGACACGUGAGCAGUGGUGCAAUUCCCCAUGCGACCGAGACCGCGGGGCCGGCCUCCGCUGCCACGACCGAAAACUCACUUCUUCGGCCUGGUCGUCGGAGGCGCAAGUCCACCGGAUUUCCAGGUUUCACCGCACGACGCAACCGGCGGAGAAGCCAGGCCUCAUUGCAGGACGCUCUGGGCGGCAUCUGGAAGAUGAACUGGUGGCGGUCACGGCACGGUAGAGAGCGACCGUCCAGUGGAGAUGUAGAGAGCGAGGCGGGGAUGUCGCCUGCGCCAGGUCCUGCUCACCGGCCCAUUCCCGGCGAGGACGAAGUAAGGAGAGGAGACGGGGAUCAUCAGGGCGAUCAACCCUUAGCUAAGUAAUGCAGGGCAUUAGUCUUGCUUUACUUCUCAACUCCCUUCUUGAUUUGAUUUCGGGGUUUUAUACAAUGGAGUGUAGGUGUUGGCUGGGAUCACGAAUGGGUCUGUUAAUGCCGGUGUUGUUUUUCAAGGCGCGUCUAGAUAUACCACUGACAU